AUGGCGUCCUCCUCUUUUCGAGAGUCAAUGAAUUCCUUGGGGUGGUCGAGAAGAGAUCUGGACGUGCCGGCCAAUACGUCGUCGUCAAACCCGUUGUUGUCCAGGAUCUCAUCACUCAAUCCAUUUGGAGGAAAGAGCUAUGUCCAAUUGCCUACACACGAGGCUCCCGGAGCACCCCUACCGGCGCCGACGAGGAGAGAGGAAGAAGAGGGGUGGUUCGCAUUAAGCCGAUGGGACCGCUUGUUGAUUUUUGGCGUCUGUAAUCUUGCAGCGCUGGCAUGUUUUGUUAUCUGUUUUGUGCUGCUUCCGGUUCUGUCCCUAAAGCCACGAAAAUUCGCAAUUCUGUGGUCGGUCGGCUCCUUGAUGUUUCUGGCAUCUUGGGCCUUUCUGAUGGGCCCGGUACAAUACGCGACACACUUGCUCUCAGGCCCUCGUCUACCAUUCACCGCCGCUUACUUUGGUUCCAUCGUCAUGACCAUCUAUUUUGCCGUCGGUCUCCACUCCACGAUUCUCACUCUAUUUUCGUCGAUUGUGCAGCUCGUCGCUUUGGUGUGGUAUUUAGUCAGCUACUUUCCGAUGGGAGGUAGCGGGUUGCGGCUCGCGGCUAGAUUUGGUUCCAAUCGGGUAACUGCGUGGAUGAACGACUGA